GCCUCCAGGACUGCUACUCACUUACACACUGCUAUACACACACUGCUACACACUGCUCAACUGCACCAGAAUGAGAGGGAUUUACUUCAAAGAGAACUUCUGGAGUACUGAUAUUACAAGCAUCGCUGGCUAUGAUUGUCUUAUCCAACAUAUGAAUGAUGGGAAGAAGAACUGUAAAGAAUACGAAGAUUUCCUGAAAGAAAGGGCCAGCAUAGAAGAGAAAUAUGGAAAAGAUCUAGUUAACCUGAGCAAGAAGAAGCCAUGCGGACAGACGGAAAUAAACACCCUCAAGAGAUCCCUUGAUGUCUUCAAACAGCAAAUUGAUAAUAUUGGUCAGUGUCACAUUCAGCUGGCACAAACGCUACGGGACGAGGCGAGAAAAAUGGAGGAAUUCAGAGAAAAGCAAAAGCAGGAGCGAAAGAAGAUAGAAGCUGUUAUGGAUGCAUUUCAUAAGCAGAAACUGAUGCAGUACAAAAAGACAAUAGAGUCGAAGAGGAAUUAUGAGCAGAGAUGUCGGGACAAAGAUCAAGCUGAACAAGCCGUGGGCCAAUGCAAAAAUAUGGUGAAUGAAAAACAGCAAGAAAAGGUUUUUACUAAACUGGCGCAUUCAAAGGUGACGGCCGAAGCUGCUGAUAAGUCUUACCAGCAAAAUAUCAACUUACUGGACAAAAUAAGGCAAGACUGGCAAAAGGAACAUGUCAGCUCCUGUGAGUUUUUCGAGAAUCAGGAAUGGGAACGGGUCAAUUUCUUCCGUAACGCAGUGUGGACACAUGUCAAUCAGCUGUCCCAGCAAUGUGUAACCAACGAUGUGAUGUGUGAAGUGGUCCGGAAAGCUUUAGAAGGAUGUAACAUACAGAAGGACAUAGAAUAUUUCACAGAAAGUCACAAGACGGGAAACGUCCCACCAGCCCCCGUUCUUUUUGAAAAUUACUAUAAUUGCCAAAAGCGAACUCCGACCCCUGCCCGGAACAAUGGGAUGCCUGAUACAAGACGAGGGCAGCUUCCCACCCCCGCACCUGUUACAGAUGAACCUGCUUAUGCAACUGUGGGGGACUACAAUGUCUACCAGUAGCAAAACAUGAACAGAACGAGAGCAGAUGAAGUGUUUGAUUAGACUUGGUUGGACACCAUGGAAGUUCUUCUCGAGUGCAAAGAAACUUGGAUCAAGACUGUAGAGCAUUCCCCCGUCAUCCAGUGACAGUUGCAGAUCCAGUCGGAACAUCUGCCUCUCAUCUGAUACGUUUCUGGUACGAAGGAAAGACGGGAACACUGCCAGCAUUCUGUGACUUUAAUAAUUCUUUUGGUGACCCCCUGAAGGAAAAACAAGAUGUAGAUAAUCCCAAACUAGAGGGAUGCGCAGCAUUGCCAUGAACUCUUUGUGUAUGUGUUCCAGACAUGUCCGGGUGGUGGCAUUUAGUAGUCUCGCUGGCAGAUGCAGAUGAUGGUCUCUUUCUGGGUCUUAAAAAUGUCAGCGUUUGGCAUGAAACGUCAAGAGUCAGGGAACUGGUUUCAUCCAUCAGACCCUCAGCUUGUACAUUGCCCACUGUUAACUGUUUUUAACUUGUCUCCUACUGAUAUCUCAUUAAUAAAGUUUAUUCUAAUAUGUU